UGAGCAGUGCUGGGAAGUAUAGGCUGUGUUGUCACGCCGGUGUCAGUCUGAUGAAGAUUGGCAUCAGGUGAAGUCUGGAGCAGGACUCCGAGGCUUUCUGUCCUCCAUGCCGCUCCUCAGAAGAGGGACUGUGAACUGUGUGUUGGCCGGAGCUGACAGGAAGAAUUUCUGGCCCAGCUGGAAGUGAGACGAGGGGGCGAGUCUCCCGAGAGCCAUCCCAGAGGCCGCCAGGAUCACCAAACAAUCCUUGAUGUGAAUCAAUCCCAUGAUGCAACAUGCCUCCCCAGCCCCAGCUCUGACGAUGAUGGCCACGCAAAAUGUCCCUCCCCCACCCUACCAGGACAGUCCACAGAUGACGGCAACUGCCCAGACACCCUCCAAGGCCCAGGCUGUCCAUAUCUCCGCCCCCGCAGCUGCUGCCAGCACUCCUGUGCCCAGCGCCCCCAUCGACCCCCAGGCCCAGCUGGAGGCUGACAAGCGAGCUGUGUACAGGCACCCUCUUUUCCCGCUUCUGACGCUGCUGUUUGAGAAAUGUGAACAGGCCACCCAGGGCUCUGAGUGCAUCACCUCCGCCAGCUUUGACGUGGACAUCGAGAACUUUGUCCACCAGCAGGAGCAGGAGCACAAACCCUUCUUCAGCGAUGACCCAGAACUGGACAAUCUGAUGGUGAAGGCAAUCCAGGUCCUGAGAAUCCACCUGCUGGAGCUGGAGAAAGUCAACGAGCUCUGCAAGGACUUUUGUAACCGUUACAUCACCUGCCUCAAAACCAAGAUGCACAGCGAUAACCUGCUCAGGAAUGAUCUCGGGGGGCCCUACUCCCCCAAUCAGCCCUCCAUAAAUCUCCACUCACAGGACCUCCUGCAGAGCUCUCCCAAUUCCCUGUCUGGAGUCUCCAGUAACCCCCAGGGCAUUGUGGUCCCAGCCUCCGCGCUCCAGCAGAGCAACAUCGCCAUGACAACUGUCAACUCACAAGUGGUGUCAGGUGGAGCCUUAUACCAGCCGGUUACCAUGGUAACCUCCCAGGGUCAGGUGGUCACCCAAGCGAUCCCCCAGGGAGCCAUCCAGAUCCAGAACACACAGGUUAACCUUGACCUCACUUCCCUCCUGGACAAUGAGGAUAAGAAGUCCAAGAACAAACGAGGAGUCUUGCCCAAGCACGCCACCAAUAUCAUGCGCUCUUGGCUCUUCCAGCAUCUCAUGCACCCCUACCCCACGGAGGAUGAAAAGAGGCAGAUCGCGGCCCAGACAAACCUCACCCUCUUGCAAGUCAAUAACUGGUUCAUCAAUGCCCGGAGGCGCAUCCUGCAGCCCAUGCUUGAUGCCAGCAACCCAGACCCCGCCCCUAAAGCCAAGAAGAUCAAGUCGCAGCACCGGCCCACCCAAAGAUUCUGGCCCAACUCCAUUGCUGCGGGGGUGCUUCAGCAGCAGGGCGGCGCCCCGGGGACAAACCCCGACGGCUCCAUCAACUUGGACAACCUGCAGUCCCUGUCCUCAGACAAUGCCACCAUGGCCAUGCAGCAGGCCAUGAUGGCCGCACACGAUGACUCGUUGGAUGGGACAGAAGAAGAGGAUGAGGAUGAGAUGGAAGAGGAAGAGGAAGAGGAACUGGAGGAGGAGGCUGACGAGCUUCAAACGACGAAUGUCAGUGACCUGGGCUUGGAACACAGUGACUCCCUGGAGUAGUUGGCAGCCCAGACGGCGCCGAUCGCCUGGCGGGAGGAGUGUCGCCAGGAGGGUUUCAGGGUGGGGGGGAAGAGGGCGUGGGCAGGCAGCACCGAGGAAGCUGGGCCCAGCUUCCAAAAUCAGCAGCUUGAAAACAUGCAGAGGAGACACCUGCCCCUUCCCAACCCCCGAGCUUCCAUGGCGCCCAGCCCUACUCCCCCGGAGCCACGGAGGACUCGGUUUGGUGGGGCCGGUCGAGCCGCUUGUGCGGAAAGGCAGGAGUGAGGUCUGGAUUCAUCAACGCCCGCGGUCGGAUGGCACCUGAGGGCCCCCUGACAGAAGGACUUGCGUUGUUUACAAGCCCUGCACUGAGGCAGAUCAGUGCUGUUCGCAGAGAAAGCCUUUGCCAGGGGACAGUUAGGAGAAGAGACCGAGUUGAAGAGGGUUUGGGUUCCACCCCCUACAGGUUCUCAGCCCCUUUGAGAGACAUUCAAGGGCAGGAGGGAGCCCGAAGCUAGAGCCAGUGGCUGGGGGGUGGCAGGGCCUGAGGCGUCGCAUCUUGCAGGUCAGAGUGAGGCUGGAUUCCAGGGGCUGUGACUCCUUCCCAGGCCCCGGCUCUGGGCUCAGGCAACUGUGGACUUGGGAGAGUGGGAGGGAGCCACCGGAGCCGACUUUCUCUGCUCUUUCCUCUCUCUCUCUCUCACUCUCUCUCCUGGAAACAAAUAGCAAGCUGGUGAGCUCAAACUGUAGGAGAUAAAGGAGUCCCUUCACCCAGAUUGGCUCCAGGACCCAAGGAGGUGGCAGAACCUGGGCUAGAAGCCACAUCAAAGUGACUUUGGGAACCGCAACUGUCCCCAGGUGUUCCUAUAACAGCAGGACAAGCGUGUCCUGUCCCAGAGGCUCCAGCCCUCAGAUGGAGCCCCUCGCCUGUCCUGCCCCCUCCACAGGCCAUCAGAGAGGGCGGAGCCAGUUUAGCUUGGGACCCCUCCACUUCGGCCUCCACCCUCCCUUCUUCAUUCUAUCCUUCGGAGAAGGCAGAAGGAGCAUUGGAGAGAAGCAUCCAGCCCAAGGAGAAGCCAGGGGUUGGAGAAGGUGCUACAUACCUCCUCCCAUCAAUUUCCAAAGUGUGGGGGAGGGCCCACAGAAACGGCCCCUCCGAGCCAAGGGGUGCCCCCCUCGCCCAUCCCCCAAACCCACACUCCACCAUUACACACAGCCCUGGAGGCGCUGGGGCCCGGUGAGGAGGAGGCUUCCCACGGUCUGCCCUGACGCACACCCUUCCCGCCCCAACUUCCAGUGCCCACGGACGGCACCCCUCCUCUCCCUCCCGCCCACCCCAAUGGCUGUGAAGACAGGACUGACCACACAUGUGUUUCCCAUUGAAUUUUAUUUAACAGACUUGCAGUUUCAUUUGUACACUGUGCGUUGGCCAUCCUCAGUGGCAGAACGUGAGUGGCCACCUGACUCACUGCGAGGGGACCCUCAGGGCCCUCUGGGGGCUUCCCCUCCCCCACCUGGUUGGGGUGGAGCAAAAGAACGGUCACUUUCCUAAGGUCUCCCUAAAAUGAAUGUAUUUCUUCCCCAAAAGAGGUGAUAUUUAAUGUUUUAAUAGGGAUUUUUGAGAAACAAAUAACCUUAUUUAUAAUCUUGGCGAUUCGAUCAUUUUUUACUCCCUUUUGAUGCCACAGGUAGGAGAAAGUCUAGCUUUUUUGGCACCAUGCAGUGGGAUAAAAUACUUUUCCUCUUCUGGUUUGUUUUUCUGUUCACACACACACAUACACACACACACACACACGCAUGCACACAGCCCCACCUACCGCCUCGGACAGGCAGCGCCCAGCACCGGCGCCUGCGCACACACGCCCUCUCCUCCUCCAGCCCCUCCACCUGCCCCAGGUCGUGCAACCUCCUUCCGAUGUAUCCACCAAACCAGUACUGAAUGUGGCUGAGAAGUUUCCAGUAAAUCUUAUUA